ACGCUCCUGGUCCAACAUGUGAGCCCCGGGCUGAGGAGAGGAGAGGAAGGCGGACUCUCCACCACUGACAGCUCUCUCUCUCUCUCUCUCUCUCUCUCUCUCUCUCUCUCUCUCUCUCUCUCUCUCUCUCUGCUGCUAUGUAACGCACGGAUUAUGGAUCGGAUAUGGAUUUGCGUGAACGUCCUCCUGGUCGGGAGCGUGUGCGUAAUUUCCUCGUUGCAUGAAGGCGACGACGCGUCCUGCGAUGGUGCGUUUGAUAUUUAUUUUGUUCUGGACAGGUCGGGCAGUGUGUGGGGACACUGGCAUGAGAUCUAUGGGUUUGUGGAGCAGCUCACCAGCAGGUUCAUCAGCCCCAGGAUGAGGGUCUCCUACAUCGUCUUUUCAGCCCAAGCCGAAGUCAUCCUUCCUCUAACAGGAGACAGGUCGAAGAUCGACGACGGUUUGAACAAGCUGAGCCAAAUCAAGCCUGCUGGUGAAACCUACAUGCACGAAGGCUUGAUAGCGGUUUACGAGCAGAUGAAGCGGCAAACGUCACCAUCGUCCAGCCUGAUUAUCGUUUUGACCGACGGCAAGCUGGACAUCUACCCGUUUGAACUGAGCGUGAAAGAAGCCAACAGAGCUAGAGGCUUCGGAGCCAGAGUGUACUGUGUCGGGGUCAAGGACUUCGACCACCGCCAGCUUGCAGACAUAGCGGACGGCACCGAGCAGGUGUUCCCGGUCCUGUCCGGGUUUCACGCUCUCAAAGACAUCGUCAACAAGAUCCUAAAGCAAACAUGUGCUGAGGUCUUCACCAUCGAGCCAUCCAGUGUGUGUGUGAAUGAGUCUUUCAACGUGGUGCUGAAGGGCGGCGGCUUCAGCGGAUCCAAGAGGAUGGAAAACGUCCUCUGCUCGCUCACCGUCGACGAAGUGACUCUCACUCAGAAGCCCACGGUGGUGAGAGACGGCCACCUCCUGUGUCCAGCUCCCGUCCUGCACCGAGUCGGACAAUCAGUGGAAGUGCUGGUUAGCCUGAACAAUGGAAAGUCCUACAUCUCUGCUCCCGUGUCCAUACACGCCACCACAUGCUCAGACGGGACCUGGGUGCUCUGGCUGCUGCUGGCCCUGCUGCUCCUGCUGGCCCUGGCGCUGCUCUGGUGGUUCUGGCCUCUCUGCUGCACAGUGGUCAUCAGAGACCCGCCCCCCUCUCGCCCACCUCCGCCGCCUCCUGUCAUUGAACCAGAAGAAGAUCUUUCACCCAAGCACAGAUGGCCGACGGUGGACGCUUCUUACUACGGAGGCAGGGGACCUGGAGGGAUCAAACGCAUGGAGGUGCGCUGGGGACAGAAGGGAUCCACAGAGGAGGGCUCACGGCUCGAGAAAGCCAAAAACGCCGUGGUGACGGUUCCAGACGACGUGGAGGAGCCGAUCAUCCCCCGGCCCCCGCCGAGACCUCCCCCCGUCUACAGCCCGCCGACACAGUCCAAGUGGUACGCACCCAUCAAGGGCCGCCUCGACGCGCUGCUGGCGUUGCUGAGAAGACAGUACGACAGGGUGGCGAUCAUGAGGCCCACAGCUCAGGACAAGGGUCGCUGCAUUAACUUCACCAGAGUUCAGAGUCGCUGAUGUCCAAGCAUGAAGAUCCACUUUUUUUCCAGUUUUUUCCCCAAAGAACACUUUUAUUUUAUUGUAAAUAAACGUUUUUCCUUACAAAACCGUGUCGAUUAUUUGUGA